AUGAAGGGCUAUGCGUUCAUCCCAGUGACAUCGUUUUUCGAGAAACGCCCGGGCUAUGCAGUAGUAGUAAACUUUAAAGAUACCUCACGGACCUUUGAACUAGAGAAGCUGGGCCUUCACCCCUCCCCAGAUAGAAGAGCAAUUUUCCGACCUUACAGGAUCUUUGAGCUGACGGCAUCAGUUCCGGGCGGCAAAGCGACCCUCCCUCCGCUAUCUAAUCUGCAUCCAUCCACCAUGUCUGAAGCAAAGUUCGAGAAAGCCGUCGCCAUUAUCCAAUCCCUCCCUAAGGAUGGACCCGUGAAGCCAACUUCCGACGACCAGCUUUACUUCUACAAGUAUUUCAAGCAAGCCAAGUUCGGGGAUAAUACCACAACCCGCCCUGGCUUGCUCGAUUUUACGGGCAAGGCGAAAUGGGACGCGUGGACCUCUGUCAAGGGUGUUUCAAAGGAAGAAGCCUGGAAGUUAUACGUCGAGAAACUUAUCGAGAUUCUUACCGCUGCAGGAGACGAGGAAUCAAAGAAGCACAUCGCAGAGAUCGAGGCUGCUUAA